GCUGCCGCCGCCGCCUCCUACAAGGCGCAGGCCUCCGCCCCGCUGACGGCCGCGUACCGGGCCCAGGCCUCCAGCGCCAUGGCGGCCUCCUACCCGGCGCAGCAGCCGUCCUCCGCCGCGCUGGCGGCCGCGUACCGAGCCCAGCCGGGCAGCGCCUACGACGGGCCGAGCCAGCUGGGGCAGCCGGCGGGCUCCUACCUGGGCCUGGCUCAGGCCGCCGCCGCCGCACCGCCCUACGAGCGCACCCGCCUGUCCCCGCCUCGCAGCGCCGUCUACGACGACCCGUACAAAAAAUCGUCCGCCCUGGCUAAAAGGUACGGCUCCGAGCGCCGCCUGUCCGACCUGGCCGAUUACCGGCGCUUAGCCGACUCGCCGCUGGGCUACCGCCGCUCGCCCACCAAGUCCCCGCUGGACUAUCGCCGGCUGCCGGACGCGCACGCCGAGUACGCCCGGUACUCGGGCGGGUACAACGACUACCUGCCCGCCGCCCGCGUCCACUCGGGCUACCAGCGCCGCCUGUGAGCCGCUCCCGGCGCACGGACUGGCCUUUUUUAGCUGCUUUUUUCGGUUUGUCGCUCUUUAUUUGAGUUUUUCUAGAGGGUUCCGCGGUUACGGCGCUCGGUGCCGGUUCGUAACCACCGAGGCUCUUUUUGUACCACGAGUCGCCCCGUUUUUGGGUGAAUUCCCCCCGUUUCCAGCGUCGUGCCCGGCGCGGUGCCGGGGUUUUUUAUGAUUGUAAAUAAACACUGGGGUCUGUUCGGUUCCC